CUCCACCUGGCGGAGGGCGACGCCGCCACGUCGGCGGAAAUCCAGCCGCGGGAGGCGAUUUCAGACCUCCUGCGCCCUAGGAGCCAGCCUUCAAUCAAGGCAGCUAGCUGAUAGAGGAAAGGAAAGCAAUCGCCUUUACAAGGGACCGUGAGAGCUUUUGCCCGCCAAUCAUUCGAUCAAUUUCCCCAACCAAAAAAAUCCGCUCCUUUCCCACACUGUCUGUUAACCUAAUCAUUUCUUGGGUAAUACUUGAGAACAGAAGGCAGCAAAGUACAAACCCCCUUUUCGUUAAUCUUCCCUCGAAACCCCCUUUAGGUGAAAGAGAAGGUUUUGAUUCAACAAACCAACCAACCACUUUGCCGGGAUAGCAAUUUUCAGUUGCCGCAUAGGGUUCUGUUGCUGGAAUGAGUUUUUGGGUUUUGGUUUGGGGAUGAAUUGAAGAAGCAGAAGAGAAAAGGAGAAGCUUUUUGAGGAGGGCUUAGGGACGAGAGGAGAAGGGGGAGAUAGAUGGCAUUGUUUCGCAAACUGUUCUACAGGAAGCCGCCUGAGGGCUUGCUUGAGAUCUGUGAGCGGGUCUACGUCUUCGAUUGUUGUUUUACAAUGGAUUCAUGGCAAGACAAAGACUACAAAGGGUACAUAUGUGGAAUAGUUGGCCAGCUUAAAGACCACUUCCCUGAUGCAUCAUACCUAGCAUUCAAUUUCCGUGAAGGAGAGACACAAAGUCAGAUUGCUGAUGUGUUGUCUGAAUACGACAUGACUAUCAUGGAGUAUCCUCGGCACUACGAAGGCUGCCCUUUGCUCACAAUGGAAGUCGUUCACCAUUUCUUGAGAUCAGGGGAAAGUUGGCUUUCGCUCGGACAGCAAAAUUUGCUGCUGAUGCACUGUGAAAGAGGUGGUUGGCCGAUUCUCGCCUUUAUGCUGGCAGCACUGUUGAUAUAUAGAAAGCAAUACAGUGGAGAGCAGAAGACAUUGGACAUGAUCUAUAGACAAGCUCCCCGUGAGCUUUUGCAGUUCUUGUGUCCUCUAAACCCUAUUCCUUCUCAGCUGAGAUAUUUACAGUAUGUUUCAAGAAGAAACGUGGCUACAGAGUGGCCACCAUUGGAUAGAGCUCUCAACUUGGACUGUGUCAUCAUGAGAUUCAUCCCAAAUUUUGAUAGAGAGGGUGGUUGUCGUCCUGUGUUCCGUAUAUAUGGACAGGAUCCCUUUCUUGCUUCAGAUAGAACUCCUAAGUUCUUGUACUCCACUCCUAAGAAGAACAACACUUUCCGGGCUUAUAAGCAGGCAGAAUGUCAGCUAGUUAAAAUUGAUAUCCAUUGCGCAAUCCAAGGUGAUGUUGUGAUGGAGUGUGUCAGCAUACGUGACGAAAUGGAGAGCGAAGAAAUGAUGUUUCGAGUAGUUUUUAAUACGGCUUUCAUCAGGUCAAACAUCUUGAUACUCAACCGUGAUGAAAUCGACAUAUUGUGGGAUGCUAAAGAUCUAUUUCCAAAGGACUUCAGAGCUGAGAUUAUUUUCUCAGAGGUUGAUGCCCAUGCUUCUGUUAUCUCUAUGGAUUUCUCUGGCCUUGAGGAGAAGGAUGGCCUUCCAGUUGAAGCUUUUGCCAAAGUUCAUGAGAUAUUCAGCAGUGUUGACUGGUCAUCACCACAUGCAGAUGUAGCAUUUAACAUGCUCCAGCAAAUGCAUGACAUGGAUUUGGGACACAGUGCAGAACAAAGUCCUCAGAGUCGGGAAAGCAGUCCAGGAAUGCAUCAUGACAGAAGGAAGAGAGAACGGUUGACGAGGAACUCACUACUCUCAUGGGAAAAUGCUGAAGGUCUCGUCUCGCCAGAGUUAUCUCCACAUACAAAAAGUUCCCCGGAUGAGCAGCAAAAUCUUGAGACGGAUAAAGAGGCACCACCGACGACUCCUUUGGAUCUCACCAUUAAAGAUUUGUUACGUGACAAUGCCUCACUUGAGAAUGCCGAGAUCUCACUGAAAAGGAUGCUGAAGAACUCGCUAGCGCAAAAUUUGGACAAUUUGAACUCACCAAAUUCAGUUUCACCUACUCGAUCGGUUGAAGCUGAACAUAAUGUUUCCAGUCAGAUGUCUCAACCAGCAACCAGCAGUGGCAUUCGCAGCGCCGAGACCAGAAGUGCUUCUGAUUCAUCAUCAAGUACUCAACUACAACCUGCCAUCUCUUCUGCAGCUGAGAAGCUCCUUCUGUGUGCACAGUCAUCAGCAAACCACCAUACUGCUCCUCCCAAGGCUCUCUUGACUUCACUACUCCCUUCUGCUCCACCACCACCACCGCCACCACCACCACCUCCAUCAACUUCUGCUUUGGAAGAGAAUGUUGUUAAAGCUAAACCUCCUCCUCCACCACCUUCUCCUCCAUCAACUUCGGCUUUGGAGAAGAAUUCUGUUAAAGCUAAACCUCCACCACCACCUCCUCCGUGUCCAGAGAAAGCUACAAGUCCUUCAACGGCAUCACCUCCACGACCUUUACCUUCUUCUGCACUCCCUGCUCCACCGCCUCCUCCGCCACCGCCUCCUCCUCCUCCUGUACCGUCUGUGUCUUCAUCUACCCCUCCUCCGCCACCACCUCCUCCUCCCACCUCCAGGCACCAAUAUGCUCCUCCUCCACCACCUCCUCCUCCUGGUGCUGCUAGACAUACUUCUUCUGCACCACCGCCACCACCACUUCCUCAUUCUUUAGCACCUCCUGCUCCUCCUCCCCCUCCUCGUUCUUCUGCAACUGCUCCAUCUGCACCGGCGCCGCCACCUCCUCCGCCUUUGGCUAAUGGUACUUCAAGAGCAGGUAGUGGUGGCGAUGCUUUGUCUGGACCUCCAUCAACUGUGCCGCCAUCUCCUGCUCCGCCAAUGAGUGCUGGCCUGGGGGGAAAGGGACGGUUGUCCCGCACCAUAAAGAACAAUCAGAAAAAGUUGAAGCCUUUGCAUUGGUUGAAGUUAACAAGAGCUGUGCAAGGAAGCUUGUGGGCUGAGGCACAAAAAUCAGGAGAAGCCUCCAAAGCUCCAGAGAUUGAUAUGUCAGAACUUGAGAGUCUUUUUGCUGCAGCAGCACCAAAUCCAGAUCGAGGGGGGAAAUCGAUGGCACGUAGCUCUCGUGGGCCUAAGACUGAGAUAGUGCAGCUGAUUGACCACAGACGAGCCUACAACUGUGAAAUCAUGCUUUCGAAGGUUAAGGUUCCACUGAAUGAAUUGACGGGUUAUGUUUUAGCUCUGGAGGAUUCCGCAUUAGAUGUAGAUCAAGUAGAAAAUCUGAUCAAGUUUUGUCCAACAAAAGAGGAAAUGGAACUCCUUAAGGGCUACACUGGAGACAAGGAAAAGUUGGGAAAGUGUGAACAGUUCUUCUUAGAGUUAAUGAAAGUUCCAAGAGUAGAAGCUAAGCUCAGAGUUUUUGCUUUUAAGAUGCAGUUCCGUUCUCAGGUCUCUGACCUCAGGAAUAGCCUAAAUACAGUGAACUCUGCCGCAGAACAGGCAAGUUACUGUCGUUGCUCUCUUCUUGAUGAUGAACACUUUUAUUUCAGGUCAACCUCAACAUUUCUUAUUUACUCUAACAUGGAAUUUUGCCCUCAUCAGAUCAGGAAUUCUGCCAAAUUAAAGAGAAUCAUGCAGACUAUUCUCUCAUUGGGUAAUGCUUUGAACCAAGGAACUGCUAGGGGUGCUGCUAUUGGAUUUAGGUUGGACAGCCUACUUAAACUGACCGAUACCCGGGCAAGGAACAACAAAAUGACUCUCAUGCACUAUCUUUGCAAGGUUCUUGCUGACAAGUUACCGGAUCUUCUCGACUUCUCCAAAGACCUGCCCAGUUUGGAACCUGCGUCCAAGGUACAAUUGAAGUUCUUAGCAGAAGAAAUGCAAGCGAUAAGCAAAGGACUUGAAAAGGUCAUGCAAGAGCUAUCUUCCUCGGAGAAUGAUGGUUUUGUUUCUGAGAAUUUUUGUAAGACGCUUAAAGAGUUCCUCCGAUUUGCUGAAGCUGAAGUGAGGUCACUGGCUUCGUUGUACUCUGGAGUGGGAAGAAAUGUGGAUGCAUUGAUUCUUUACUUUGGAGAAGAUCCAGCCCGUUGCCCAUUCGAACAAGUUUGUUCGACUCUGGUCAACUUCGUGAGACUAUUCAACAAAGCUCAUGACGAGAACUGCAAGCAGCUUGAAAUUGACAUGAAGAAAGCAGCAGAGUCCGAAAAGAACCAAGUAGCAGUAGAUCCAUCCCAGACCAACUCGUUGCUGCAAACUGCAGUCCAGGCCAGGAGUGUCAAAUGACCAGACCUUCAAAGUCCAUCAACUCUUUUGCCAUUCUCAAAAGUCCAAACCCCAAAAGCCAUCCAAUAUCGAGUAGCGACCAGGCUAUAGAUGGGGGGACCUUAUGGAAGUCAGCUGAAGCCUGCCGAUGAGCAUACACUUCGUUAGCAGAUCUAAAAUCCUGGGUUUCGCCACAUGAAAUGUUAUCAGUUCUGCUGAUGGCUCGAAACUUUCCAGCUUUGUUCUGCUAGAAUGUGAUCCCCAUUAAGACCCUCAAGAAUGGAAAUGCAGGGUGUUAGGAAGCUUGAUCCUUUUUGGAGUGCAAGGGUUGGCAACUUGUACAUGGUUCUUUUACCCUUGACAUUCAAACUCUAGGGGUAGGAGGGUAUGGAAGGAAUGGCUUCCUUUCUGCCCCUUACAAUUUUGCCUCCUGAGGUCAUUUCUGUUUUCUGAAUAACCUCUCUGCCUGUAGAAACACAUAUACAUAUGUUAUAGUCUGUAUAUAUAACUAGUGUUCUAGUAAAAUGUCUUCCUUCUUUCCUUCUGCUUGCUUUCUGAAUUUAUUCUAGACGUGGG